AUGAAGGUGGAGUGCGUGCACCUGGUAGACAAAGCGACGAGGGACGACGUCGUUGUUACGUUUAAAAUUGAGGACGACCAGCUGUCACGUGACGGGACUCAGGACGACCUGCGGGAAGACUGUACCGAUGGACAGAACCUCGACAUCCGAAUCAAGGAGGAGCCACACUGCUUGCAGAUCAGCGAGGUCCGCUGUGAUGCUCCCUCAAGUCCUUUAGAAGGGACACUCGAUGGUCACAGUCUUUUCAAAGAGGAACCGGGCUUGGAUCUUCAGCCGGGAUGUGACAAUGAAGUGGAUGUUAAGGAGGAGGACAUCAUCAAAGAAGAAGAACUUCAGUAUGAGGAGUCGCAAUAUGGAGGACAGAUGGAGGAUGAUGAUGAAGAGGACUGCACAGAGUCAUCAUCAGAGUUCUUCCCUUGUCCUCACUGUGAUGUUUCCUUCACGAACCUGGACUUCCUGGAGAAGCACGUCAAGUGGGUCCACCAGAAGGAGUACCUCGCCGAACUCAAAAAAUGCUUCUCCGACCGUGACCGAAACCUCAUCCCUGAGCAUGUUUGCUCCACCUGCGGAAUCACCUUCAGCUCCAAAGUCUACCUGCGGGUCCAUGUUAAAGAAGCCCACCCCUCGGCGCCGCCCCGACGGCUUCACCCCUGCCCGACGUGCGCACGCAGUUUCCAAUACUUGAAGAACCUGAAAAACCACUGUCAGCGCUGGCACAACAUGUCAGUGGUCAUCAGAGCGGGGCAUCUGUGCUGCAUGGACUGCGGGAAGAGCUUUAAGGCCACAUGGGGACAAGGACCCCAUCUAUGCCACGCACCGAACAGCGAAUCUGAGGAGAAACCCAUCUGUCUGGAUGUGGGCGUGCAGUGCAGCGAGUGUGGCAAGAAGCUGCGCACGCCCCAGAGCCUGGAGGACCAUAUGCGUACCCACACGGGCGACCGGCCAUUCGUCUGCAAGGACUGCGGCCGGCGCUUUGUGGAGCGCAGCAGCUGGCGCCAGCAUGCUCUGAUCCACACGGGCGAGAAGCCGCACAAGUGCCAAGUGUGCGGGAAGGCUUUCCAGAGAGGGCACCAACUUAAGUGCCACCUCACCACGCACUCGGCCAAGAAGGAGUUUUCCUGCAGCCAAUGCGGAAAGGAAUUCGGACUCAAAGCAAGUUUAAAUCUCCAUCUGAGGACACACUCAAGCGAGAAACCUUUCCACUGUGGGGUGUGUGCCAAGAGAUUUAACACCCGCAAAAACCUGCUCGUCCACAGCAAGCUGCACAGCGGCGAGAAAACACACCAGUGCAGCGACUGUGGCCUUAAGAUCAGCGAUUUGGGAGCGCUCAAAAUCCACUUGCGCACACACACCGGCGAGAGGCCCUACCACUGCACCGUGUGCGGCAACAAGUUCAUCCGUCUGGCGCACCUGCGCAACCAUCAGCGCACGCACACUGGCGAGCGGCCCUACAAGUGCGACCAGUGCGACAAGAGCUUCACGCAAUCGGGCGAUCUGGUGAAGCACAAACGCACUCAUUCUGGGGAAAAACCCUUCGAGUGCCCCGAAUGUCACCGGCGCUACACGUCUUCUGGCGACCUGGGCAAGCACCGCCGCAGUCACACUAAUCUGCGGCCAUAUAUAUGUCAAGAAUGCGGCAAGAGCUUCCGCCUGUCGGGCCAUUUGAAGACUCACAUGCUCACGCACACAGGCGAGAAGCCGUUCUCAUGCCCUAACUGUCUGCGCAGGUUCGCUCGGUCCCACCACCUCUCCGGACACAUCGCCAAGUGUCGCUAG